AGGAAGGAAGCUGGAUAAGCUAGGCCUUUACCCCAGGGCUCGACAAGUAAAGUGAAAUCAAUCAACAUUAUCCUCCCUCCCCUCGGCAAGUGAGGAUUACUUUCUCCUUGGGUAAAGGAAGAGAACUGAAGCAGGGAGGACAGCAAGAAUGAGGGACAGGAAACAGAGGUGUCCAAAGUUUUCCGCUAAUGUUCAGCAGGUGAUCUGUGAGAAUUGUUCCAUCUGUAGAUGAAUUUGCAAUGUACCCCAGGACAGACGUUAGCGCUUACCCGCGAAGGGCGGAAAAGCCGCAGGGCCCACUCCCCAGUUCUCAGCCCCGCCGCAACCUCGCGCUAUUUUCUGCCAACAAUAUGGGCGUGGACAGAAUCGCCCCCUGGGCUGGAGGCCGCCCGUGUUGUCGUAACUCUCGCGGGAAGAUGCGUCGUUGCCUCGGUAACGGCGUCGCGGCCGCGAAAGAUGGCGGGGCGAAGUUUUAAGGGACGGGGCAUUUCAGGGACUCCGCUUCCACCACGCGUUCAGCAACCUUCCACACCUCGUCGGGACCUCCUCGCCAAGGAGGAAGAAUAUAAGCGUUUAAAUGCAGAAUUAGAGGCAAAAACGGCUGAUCUGGUUCGACAAGCUGAGGAAGUAAUAAGAGAUCAGCAAGAAGUACGAUCUCAGUCUAUUUCAACACAAAUUAAAUCAUAUGAAGAGGAAGAUGAUUACAGUUUAAGACGUCCAUUAUUGUCUGAAGGGACAGUUCAUUUACGUUCAGAAACUAAGCCAAAGACCAAAAACGUUGAUCCAAUAAGCAAAGUUCGAAACAAAUUACACUCUGCAAGUAAAGGAAGGAAAUCAAAUUCAAGAGUAAAAUUGAAAUACUCUGAUGUACAAACUGCCAACGAAGUUGCCAUUCCAGAGGAUUUCUCAGACUUUUCUCUUGCAAAAACAAUUAGCAAAAUUGAAGGGCAACUGGAAGAAGAAGGCUUACCUGAUUAUAUAGAUGAUGGUAUUUUUUGUGGUGUUAGUGAAGACAUUGGAACAGAAGCACAGAUCAGAUUUCUGAAGGCCAAACUCCAUGUUAUGCAGGAGGAAUUGGAUAAUGUUGUAUGUGAAUGCAAUAAAAAGGAGGAUGAAAUUCAGGAUUUAAAGUCUCACCUGAAAAAUUCUGAAGGAGAUUGUAUGAGACAGCAGCGGACAAUUAAUUUGCAACAGUCUCAAACAGAAAAGUAUAAAACUCUUUUUGAAGAAGCAAGCAAAAAAUGUGAUGGAUUACAGCAACAGUUGUCUUCAGUAGAAAGGGAAUUAGAGAAUAAAAGAAGACUACAAAAACAAGCUGCCGCUAGUCAAAGUGCCAUGGAAGUUCGCUUGAAUAGAGCUCUAGAAGAAGCAGAAAAGUAUAAACUGGAGUUAAAUAAACUAAAGCAAAAUAACAAGGAUAUAGCAAAUGAAGAACACAAAAAAAUUGAAGUGUUAAAGUCAGAAAACAAGAAGCUAGAAAGACAAAAAGGAGAAUUAAUGAUAGGGUUCAAGAAACAGUUAAAAUUAAUUGAUGUUUUAAAAAGGCAGAAGAUGCAUAUUGAAGCUGCCAAGAUGUUGUCUUUCACUGAAGAGGAAUUUAUGAAGGCACUCGAAUGGGGAAAUUAAUAAGUGAUCUACUUUUUAACCUAUGGUGGAUAUACCCUUUAUUUAACUUAAGUUGUAAUGAAUGGUUUGAGUUAUUUUUACCCUAAGAAAUGAAGAUACUUGAUAAUGAAAUCAAAAUAAUUCCAAAUUCCCUGUGUAGAUCUGGGUAUGUAAAAUUUAUAUCUAAUUAUUACAAAAUGGAAAUAUUUUA